AUCCAGUCUGUUUGAAACUUUAUUAAACUUACUUCAAUCGGGACACUUCUCUCUCAGCCAUCAUAAUGAAAUUCGUUGCAAUCACACUUUUCGCUCUUAUCGCGGCCGUUUAUUCAGCACCAGUUCAAGUUUCCGACAAUAAUGUUGGAGAUAUCGUCACUGUUGGAAUCAACGCAAAUGCAAAAAUUAAGAGCGACAUCAAUCAAGACAUCUUCAGUGUUAUCGCUGCUUUCAAAAAUUAUCAAUCAAUAAGACUUGGAGGUAGUGGAAUUCUCUCUGCACCUGCUGCUGGUGCACAAGGACAACCCGAUUUUGAAAUCACACCAGAAAUGAUCGAACAAUUUAAAACUUUGAUAUUCUUCAAGAUGGCAGAAGAGGUUGCAGAAACAUCUUUAGAAGUGACAUCACUUGAAAAUGAAGAGCAAGAACGUGCUGAACUUCAAAGAUACGUCGAUGAAUUAAACGAGAAAAUCAAACAAAAAAGUGAAAUGCGCGAAAAGAACUUGAAUCGUCAAUUGCCACCAGAAUCUUAUUUUACUAAACUUGAUUCAAGUUUAAAGAAGAACACUGCGUUUGUUAAAAAGCUCAAGCAAUUCACAGCCGCUCAAUUAGAUUCUCUACUCAAAGAUAUGACAACGCUGAAUCUUUCAAAAUACAUCAGCGAAGUUUCGCAAGCGAUUGUUGAAGCAAAGUUAAAAAUGACAGAUAUUCCAGCGGUUUUAACUUUAUGUUCUAAACUUCAUACGGUUUAUGGAGAAUUUUCACAACAUUUCUUCGAAAAUUGGCAAAAAAUGCUGACGAUUAAACACGGAGAAAAAGUUCAGAAUGCAAGUAAGCUUCGUGUUGAUUUAAGAUUAUAUUGUGAGCUGCUCAGUAUUGGAAUAUUUCCAAACAAACUUGGACUUCCACUUCUCGGUUCGAUUCUCACAAAUUUGAUUGCGCAAGAUAAAGAAGAGCACAGUAAUCUGUCGAUUAUUCUUUCAUUUUGUAAGCAUGUUGGUGAAGAAUAUGCUGGACUUACAUCACGUCGAAUUCUUCUUCUUGCAAAGAAAUUUGAAGUUCAACUUCCAGCCUCGACACUUCUUACAGCUGAAAAGCAACACAAUGUCAGGAAUUUAUUACGUGAUUAUCAUCAGACUGUUUGUAAACAUUUGAAACAUGAACAUAAAGAACUUCAAUCAGCUGAACAAUCGAAACGACGUGCAAUGGAAUCUCAUGGUGAAAUUUCCAACAGGAAACGAGAACAACUCGAAAUGAUGACAUCAAAUUAUGACAAACUUCUGCAAUCAACAAUAACACUCAGUGAUAUACUUAACGAAAAUAUGCCGGAAUUACCAAAGGAAGAAACAACAACGAGUGAGGGAAAUGUCAUUGAAGGUUUUGAAGAUUCUUCAGAUGUUCAACUCGAUCCUUGGGGUGAUGAAGACACGAAAUCAUUUUAUGUUGACUUACCAGACCUUCGUCAGUUCCUUCCAAAUUAUCAUGGCCGUAAAGAACCUUCUGAGCCAUUACCAGAAGUUGAACAAGUGACUGAAGAAGCGCUUGAUGAUGAAACUGUCGCUGAACCCGAAUUGAAUGUUGAAGAACAAGAAAUCAUGAAAGAAAUUGAAGAAGAAGAAUCAAAGCCCGAUGAAAAAAGUUUAAUUGACAAGGGAACUGAUGAAGGUGAAGAAGAUGAAACAUCGGCCGAAAUCGGUGACAGUGACAAGCCAUCAAUGCCUGAAAAAACUCAAAUUCUCGGCUUACAACAACUCAGAACUUUCCUUGCAAAUCUUUUGCAUUGCGUUAAUCGUGAACAGAUAGAUUCAGCUGCCAUUGAGUUCUUACUCAAUUUCAAUAACAAACCAAAUCGAAAGAGACUUGUCAAAGCUCUUUUUGGUGUUCAUCGAACACGAUUAGAUUUACUGCCAUUUUUUGCACGAUUCUGUGCAAUUGUAAAUCUCGUCUCACCUGAUGUUGCUUUGGAAUUAUCAAAAUUACUUAAAGUCGACUUCAAAUUUCAUGUUAAGAAGCGAGAUCAAUUAAAUAUUGAAUCAAAAAUUAAAGUCGUUCGUUAUAUUGGCGAAAUGGUGAAGUUUACACUGUACUCAAGACUCGAAGGUUUGAUGUGUCUUAAAUAUCUGUUAAGCAACUUUCAACAUCAUCACAUUGAGAUGACUUGUGCAUUCUUGGAAGUUUGUGGAAUGUAUUUGUAUAAUUGCAAAGAUUCGCGAUUAAGAACGAGUGUUUACCUUGAACAGAUGAUGAGACUUAAGAAAGCCAUGACAUUGGACACGAGACAUUCAACACAAAUCGAAAAUUGUUAUUACCUUGUAAAGCCACCAGAAGGUGGAAUGCAAGUAAGAAGAAAAAUUCGAACACCGAUGCAAAUGUACAUUCGCUAUUUAAUUUUUCAAGAGCUUCAUAAAGGGCAUGUUGAGAAGAUUGUUAAAUAUGUUCGUCGACUUGAUUGGGAUGAUCCAGAAAUAUCUGAAUACGUCAUAAAAUGUUUAACGAAAGCUUACAAAUUUCGAUGGCAUUUAAUUCGUCCACUUGCUGACUUUGUUAGUGCUUUAAGUUCAUAUCAAGAACGUGCAGUGAUGAGAGUCAUUGAUGGUGUGUUUGAGGAUAUCAGAGCGGGAUUAGAAAUUCAUUCGCCAAAACUUGCACAACGACGCAUUGCAAUGACGAAAUAUCUCGGCGAACUUUAUCUUUAUCGUUUAAUUGACUCGAAAUUCCUCUUCAACACUUUAUACAGCAUAAUUUGUUAUGGUGUCUCAUGGAAUCAUGAAAUUUCAUCACCAGUUGAUCCACCCGAAUCAAUGUUUCGACUUAAACUUGCUUGCACAUUACUCGACACUUGUGGAUCGUAUUUUCAAGGUUCAACCAGCAAGAAAAGACUUAAUUAUUAUCUGGUUUUCCUUCAAGGAUAUUAUUGGUUUAAGAAAAGUCAUCCAGUUUUUGUAUCCACUGCUGAAUCUGGCAAUUUAUUUCCACAUCUUAUCGAACACAUGUACAAGGAAUGUCUUCAUAAUCUUCGACCAAAAAUGAAACUCUUUAAAUCUUACGAAGAAGCGCAAGAAGAAGUUGAGAAGUUGAGACUGGAACAUUUCCCAAAUGCUGGUGGAGAGCAAGGCGAUGGCGAUGGAAGAUCACUUGGCACAAUUAAUGAGAAUGAAAGUGAUUACACGUCAGAAGCUCUUGUCGAGUCAGAUGAUGACAUACAAAUAGGAAAAUCUGAGAUUGAUGACGAUGAUGACAAUGAUGGUGAUGAUAAUGAGAAUGAUGACGAUGACGAUGAAGAAUUCAAUGAAGAUGAAGAUGAAGAUGAUGACGAGGUUGAAGAUGAAAAGUCACAAGAACAGAAAGAACCAGAAAAAAGUGAAGAAGAUUUGCAAUUCGAAGCAAUGUUUGAGAAGAUGGCAGCAGAUUCUUAUCAUGAAAGAAUAAAAGAGACAAGCAAAGUUAAUACACGUGACAUUCCCGUACCGAUGACAACACGAGUUGGAAAGAAGACUUACGAUCAACUUCAAGAUGAUUCAAAGCCAACUGAUGCUGGUGUUGUUCCCUUUGUGUUGAUGGUGAGAAAUACAAAAAGUGGAAAGCAACAAUUCAAGAAUUUUGUUGCGCCGUCUGACAGUGAACUUGCCGUUAAUCUUAAAAUGCAGGAAUUAAAAAUUAAGGAAGAGAAUGAAAGAGUCAAAAGAUUGACUUUAAACAUCACUGAACGAUUGGAAGAAGAAGAUUAUCAAGAGUCACUUCAAAAAUCACCAGCAUUUAACAAAAGACCAAAGUUUAAGCCUUACAAGCAUCAGUUUGGUGUUCCCGAUACUGACAAUAUUUUCCAUUGAAUUUAAAGCUAUAAACAAUUUAUUUCUUAAUUAAGUUUUACGCUGUGGCCAACGCAAUUUUCUCUUCACAGCAAUUUAGAAAAUUUAUGAUCAGAACUUAUUUGUUUGUUUAUUGAUUGAUGAAGAAAAUUAAUUGCAUAAUUUUUAUUGUUCAAAACUCGGUCAACGUCAUUUCACAACAGAAUAAAGAGUUUUGAUAAAACAUAA